GUGGAGCUGCUGUUGGCCAAUACUACGGUAGAUUUCCUCUUAUUGUGCAGUGACGGGGUAAUAAGGCAUCCAUCAUUAGUGUGGCCAAUGGUGAUUCGUCUUUUACCGCCCAGGCACCCUGCCUCAUCCGCAGCACAAAGGCUGAGCUUUAGUAAUUAACUAUUAUCUCUCCAGUCUGCUCCUUUUUACCCCAAGACGCAAUAUCAGAUAUGAUAGCCCUCUGCAUCUGCCUUUCAGUUUCUCGUGAACAUACAUCUUCUGUCGCCAACGUCAGAUGGAGCUGAAACUCGUCUUGGUUUUCACCACUUAACAACCAUGACCAUGCCUUGUCCUGCACGAGACGAAUUCCAGGUCGGUUGGAUCUGUGCCCUUCCUAUUGAGGCUGCCGCAGCCAAGGAAAUGCUCGACGAAGACUUUGGAAUCCUCGAAGAACAAGAUGCUGCGGAUACAAACUCAUACAGAUUGGGUAAAAUUGGGAAGCACUAUGUUGUGAUCGCCUGCCUGCCCGCAGGACAAUAUGGAGCCUGUGCAGCUACGACAGUCGCAAGCAACAUGGUCCGCACGUUCUCAAAAUCAUUACGGAUUGGUCUGAUGGUCGGCGUCGGAGGAGGGAUCCCAUCCCCCGAUCAUGAUAUACGGCUUGGCGAUAUCGUGAUUAGCUGCCCGACAGGCACUUGUGGAGGCGUGAUUCAGUAUGAUAUGGGCAAGGUCACUGCGGACGGUGUAUUCUGCCGAACUGGCUCCUUGAACAGUCCUCCCAGGUCAUUGUUAACAGCAGUCAACCAUAUGAGGGCUGCUGAGCUAACUGAUGAUCCCCGCUACCCGGAAUAUCUUCAAAGAGCAAUCAGGAGGACCCGACGGACCCAGGCACACUUUGGCCGACCCAGUUCACAAAGCGAUCGAUUGUUCAAAACCAAGCACGAACAUCCUGCUAGUGCGAAAAACUGCGAUAUGUGUUCGAGAGACUGGGAAGAGACUAGAAGUGAACGAGGCACCGAGGAUCCGCUGCCACACUAUGGUAUUAUUGCUUCGGGAAAUUCUGUUAUCAAACACGGUUGCACAAGAGAACAGCUUCGUUUGGAAUCUGGGGCACUGUGUUUUGAGAUGGAGGCAGCAGGCUUGAUGUUAGACUUCCCUUGCAUUAUUAUCCGCAGCAUCUGUGAUUACUCUGAUUCGCACAAGAACAAGCAGUGGCAGGGUUACGCUGCCUUAGCGGCGGCUUCAUAUGCCAAGGAAUUGCUCGCAUACGUGCCCCGGGGUCAAGUCUUGCAAGAGAAUCUUGCAGUAGACGUAUGCAGUUCCAUAGUGAAUUUAACUCAAGAAGUCAAAGGCACAAAUCAACGACUGGACAUAGCAUACGAUCAACAAGAACGGCAUUAUUGCGAGCAAACAGCUAGAGCCCUGACUGAACAGCAACAGAAGUGUCACCAGGUGUUCAAGACAUCAAACUAUGAGCAGCAUAAAGACAUCAAUCCCGGCCGUGUACCAGGGACAUGUCAAUGGGCUUUGCAAAACCCGCAUUAUCUCCAUUGGUGGAAUAGUCGCUGCAAUGAUCUUCUGUGGAUAUCAGCAGACCCUGGCUGUGGAAAAUCCGUUCUGGCCAAAUCACUUAUCGAUGAUGACUUCAAAGCAUCUAGUUCAACAGUGUCAAAUUGUUACUUUUUCUUCAAGGACAAUGGUGAGCAGAACAAUCUUGCUACAGCAUUAUGUGCCAUACUCCAUCAGCUCUUUAGCCAGCAGCCAAAUCUGCUAAGGCAUGCUUUGCCAUCGUGGGAAAGGAAUGGGAACAAGCUCCAGCAAGAGGCUGGUGAACUUUGGCGGAUCUUUAUAGCGGCGGCAUCAGAUCCCACGUCGGCCAAUACCAUAUGUGUGCUCGAUGCGCUUGAUGAAUGUCAUCCAGAUGAUCAAAAACAACUCAUCCACAGACUCAAGGACUUCUGCCAUCGAACUGAUUCAUCGCCACUUGAGACCUGGUUGAAGUUUCUGAUUACCAGUCGUCCUUAUGAUGAAGUCAAGGACCAAUUCAGAGCUAUCACAGAUUCCUUCCCACAUAUACAUCUCAAAGGGGAGGAAGAAAACGAUCAAAUCCGUGAGGAGGUUAAUCUGGUUGUAAGGAUUAGAGUGAAGGAGCUGGCUGAGACAGCAUCACUGUCAUCUGAUGUGCAGCAGCGUCUUGAGCACCAACUUCUUCAAAUGGAGCAUCGCACGUAUCUGUGGUUAUAUUUGGCCAUUGACGAUAUCCGCACUACAUUAAAAUACAGCCUUUUACCUGCUGAGGAAUCAAUUCGACUGAUACCUCCCUCUGUGGACGCGGCAUAUGAAAAGAUACUUGCUCGGAUUCCAUCCAAUCACGUCCAUACAGUGAGAAAAGUCCUCCAGAUUAUUGUUGGUGCACGGCGUCCCUUGACAACACAAGAGAUGGCUGUGGCAUUGGGUAUAGCGUUAUCGCCGAGGUCGCAAACCGCCGCAGAAGCUGGAAUCGACCCAGCAAGAUUAGCCAAGAGGAUACGACAACUGUGCGGUCUCUUUGUCUUUAUCAACAACUCAAAAAUAUUCCUUAUCCAUCAGACAGCCAGGGAGUUCCUUAUCUGCAGGGAUUUGGCCAGCAAUCCUAAUUCCAUCUACGCUUUCAAGCAAACAGACGCGGAGAAACUGAUGUCUCAGGUCUGCCUACAAUACUUAUUAAUGGAUGAUCUGGAACAAACAGAUUCAGAGAACCGAAGACUUUUGGAAUAUUCAGCAGUGCAUUGGGCGGACCAUGUACGAAAUGUAUCCCUGAUGCAGCAACACGAAAUUGACGAUCUGUUACAUCACAUAUACGAUACAGCCAAAGGUCAUUUUGCAGUUUGGUUCCCAAUAUUUUGGCGCAACACACAUAUGUUAAAUGAUUACGCGCCACACAUGAAUCCAAUCCAUCUGGCAGCUUUUAACGGGCACACGCGAAUGGUCCUGAAAUUACUUGCUGAAAAUGGAAACAGCAUAGAUGAGGAAGACAAUACAGGUUCGAAUGCGUUGAUAUGCCAACGUCCAAGGUGGAGAGUGUGGUAGUGCACUGCACGCUGCUUCAAUGGGAGGACAUGAAGAGGUUGUACAGCUGCUAUUAGACCACGGAGCUGAUGCCAACGACCAGGAUGAAUUAUCUGGUAGUGUGCUGCGGGCUGCUUCAUUCAACGGGCAUGAAAAUGUUGUACG